GGAGAGCGCCCCAGAGCGCUCGCGUGGCGGGCCGGUGAUUGUAGUCAAUCUGGCAGUAUUUUCAGGCAGGGUCGCCCGGGGCGGACUACAUCUCCCAGGAUGCUCCACGGCCCCCUCCGCUGAAGGUUGUGAAUAUGUAUCAGAAUGUUAAUGAUUAGCUGCUGCUAAAUUUGGUCAAAGAAGUCACCUACACAGAGCGUGUUGUUAGAGCUGUUUUGAGCGGGUGUUUGGGUGGUUGGCUGCUUUCUUCCCCCUUUCUCACACACUUGUAUAUUAUUUUGAGGUGGUGUUCGCAGAGUUUGAAAGGAGAGAGAAUUAAAAAAAAAAAGCCGCAAGCGUUUCACUCUUUUAUUUUUAUAAUCCCCUUCAAUUUGGGGUUAAAAAAAAGACAAGAAAACAGGAAGGAAGAAAAAUAAGGAAAUGAGAUGUGGUAAAAGAAGCUAAAAGGUGCCUUUUAAAAGAUCGUUGCUGUGAAGUGAAAAAAAAUCUCCAGAGAAACCAAAAAGCACCGCCGAGACCUCUUCCGAACCAAAGGAGUUUGUGUUUGCUUUUAGGGAAGAAGAAAGAUCAUUCAUUCGGAGGAAUAACAACCAAUUAAAAGACAAAUAAAAAAAGUUUGGAGUGGGACGCAGAGCGAGCGAGCGGCGCUGUCGGCGGGCGGUGGGUCGCGGAGCUCGCACUUUCCCGGCUGGGUGAGCGGCGGCCGCGGCGCCGGGCUCGGCGGGUGCGCCUCGGCGGAGCUGAACGUCGGAGCGUUGCCUCGGGAGACGCGCGCCGGACAAUGCCCGCGGCGGGCCAGUGACGCCCGCGGGGAAUGCGGAGAGUCCCGGCUGCCGGCACCCAGCCGCCGCCGCGCGUUCCUGCCGCCCCUGUCACGCGAGACCCGGCGGGGGCCGGGACCGCCCGAGCCGCCCCUCAGACCGAGCCGGCCGCCUCCGUCGCCGCGGCCGCCUCCUCCUCGGGGCCAUUAAAGCCAAUGAGCCGCGCGCCUCUGCCGAGCGCAGCCAACUAAAUCGGCUUGGAUGAUUCGCGACCUGAGCAAGAUGUACCCGCAGACCAGACACCCGGCACCGCAUCAGCCUGCUCAACCCUUUAAAUUUACAAUUUCCGAAUCCUGUGAUCGGAUUAAGGAAGAGUUUCAGUUUUUACAGGCUCAAUACCACAGUCUGAAGCUGGAAUGUGAGAAACUCGCCAGUGAGAAGACAGAGAUGCAGCGGCAUUAUGUCAUGUAUUAUGAAAUGUCCUAUGGGUUGAAUAUAGAAAUGCACAAGCAGGCAGAGAUUGUCAAGAGGCUGAAUGCUAUCUGUGCACAAGUCAUUCCUUUCCUGUCCCAAGAGCACCAGCAACAAGUGGUGCAGGCUGUGGAACGGGCCAAGCAGGUGACCAUGGCAGAACUGAACGCCAUCAUUGGGCAGCAACAACUCCAGGCCCAGCAUUUAUCACAUGGACAUGGUCUACCCGUACCUCUGACUCCACACCCUUCAGGGCUCCAGCCCCCUGCCAUUCCACCCAUCGGUAGCAGUGCCGGGCUUCUGGCCCUCUCCAGUGCUCUAGGAGGUCAGUCCCAUCUUCCAAUUAAAGAUGAGAAGAAGCACCAUGACAAUGAUCACCAAAGAGACAGAGACUCCAUCAAGAGCUCUUCAGUAUCCCCAUCAGCCAGUUUCCGAGGUGCUGAGAAGCACAGAAACUCCACAGACUACUCCUCAGAGAGCAAAAAACAGAAAACUGAAGAAAAGGAAAUUGCAGCUCGUUAUGACAGCGAUGGUGAAAAAAGUGAUGACAACUUGGUGGUUGACGUUUCCAAUGAGGAUCCAUCUUCCCCUCGAGGGAGCCCAGCACAUUCCCCGAGAGAGAAUGGCCUGGACAAGACACGCCUGCUCAAGAAAGAUGCCCCAAUUAGUCCAGCCUCUAUUGCAUCUUCCAGCAGUACUCCCUCCUCCAAAUCCAAAGAACUUAGCCUUAAUGAAAAAUCUACUACUCCCGUUUCAAAGUCCAAUACCCCUACUCCACGAACUGAUGCGCCCACCCCAGGCAGUAACUCUACUCCCGGAUUGAGGCCUGUACCUGGAAAACCACCAGGAGUUGACCCUUUGGCCUCAAGCCUAAGGACCCCAAUGGCAGUACCCUGUCCAUAUCCAACUCCGUUUGGGAUCGUGCCCCAUGCUGGAAUGAACGGAGAGCUGACCAGCCCUGGAGCUGCCUAUGCUGGGCUCCACAACAUCUCCCCUCAGAUGAGUGCAGCUGCCGCUGCCGCUGCUGCUGCUGCUGCCUAUGGGAGAUCACCAGUGGUGGGAUUUGAUCCACACCAUCACAUGCGUGUGCCAGCAAUACCUCCAAACCUGACAGGCAUUCCAGGAGGGAAACCAGCAUACUCCUUCCAUGUUAGCGCAGACGGUCAGAUGCAGCCUGUCCCUUUUCCCCCCGACGCCCUCAUCGGACCCGGAAUCCCCCGGCAUGCUCGCCAGAUCAACACCCUCAACCACGGGGAGGUGGUGUGCGCGGUGACCAUCAGCAACCCCACGAGACACGUGUACACGGGUGGGAAGGGCUGCGUCAAGGUCUGGGACAUCAGCCACCCUGGCAAUAAGAGUCCUGUCUCCCAGCUCGACUGUCUGAACAGGGAUAACUACAUCCGUUCCUGCAGAUUGCUCCCUGAUGGUCGCACCCUAAUUGUUGGAGGGGAAGCUAGUACUUUGUCCAUUUGGGACCUUGCGGCUCCAACCCCACGCAUCAAGGCAGAGCUGACAUCCUCGGCCCCCGCCUGCUAUGCCCUGGCCAUCAGCCCCGAUUCCAAGGUCUGCUUCUCAUGCUGCAGUGACGGCAACAUCGCUGUGUGGGAUCUGCACAACCAGACCUUGGUGAGGCAAUUCCAGGGCCACACGGACGGAGCCAGCUGUAUUGACAUUUCUAAUGAUGGCACCAAGCUCUGGACAGGCGGUUUGGACAACACGGUCAGGUCCUGGGACCUGCGUGAGGGGCGGCAGCUGCAGCAACAUGACUUCACCUCCCAGAUCUUUUCUCUGGGCUACUGCCCAACUGGAGAGUGGCUUGCAGUGGGGAUGGAGAACAGCAAUGUGGAAGUUUUGCAUGUCACCAAGCCAGACAAAUACCAACUACAUCUUCAUGAGAGCUGUGUGUUGUCGCUCAAGUUUGCCCAUUGUGGCAAAUGGUUUGUAAGCACUGGAAAGGACAACCUUCUGAAUGCCUGGAGAACACCUUAUGGGGCCAGUAUAUUCCAGUCCAAAGAAUCCUCAUCGGUGCUUAGCUGUGACAUCUCCGUGGAUGACAAAUACAUUGUCACUGGCUCUGGGGAUAAGAAGGCCACGGUUUAUGAAGUUAUUUAUUAAGGACAAAUCUUCAUGCAGACUGGACUCCUCCUGGUAGCACUUUGCUCUGUCAUCCUUUUUGUUCACCCCCCCAUCCCCGCAUCUAAAAACCAAGGAUUUCAGAUACUCAUUGCAGUCGUGGAGUUUAAAUCCCCUUUCUUAACCUCACUUCCCACUUGCUAUUGAAUUGUGAAUAGUCAUUAAAAACCUGUGAUACCAAAUCUUCAGCUAUCUACUUGGAAGAACAUGGAAUAAGCAUACUUAACAGUGAACAGAAUCUCUAAUUAUGUAUUAUAUCUGUAAUAUAUUUAUUUUGUUUAAAGAAGGCUUUCUAACAAUGACUGACUAAAUAAAGCUGUCUGCUCCUGCAUUGAUAAUGAAAGGUGCGUUGUAUUUGAUACCCCUCCCCCCCUUUUUUUGGCAAAGGAGGGGAAAGGAAGGUUUAAAAUAAUUGAUUUAAAAUGUCACUAAAUGUAGACUGAUGACUGUAUAGAGAUGUGAAAUGUAUAAUUACACAUGGAAGCAAUAUGUUGCUGUGUUGUUAUUAGGUUUUUUUGUUUUUGUUUUCUACAUCUUUUAAAGACCUUUGGAAAUUUGGCUGAACAAUUAGAACACAACAGGCCAUCUCAUACUCAUUUGGAUCUAUUUAGACGACGUUAACCAAUAUAUCUAUAGCUUUAGAUUAUAUUUGAUAAAAGUAAUUGGACUUUUUUCUUUUUUUGACUCGUUGACAAGUGUCUUUGUAAUAUGUUUUUAGUUCCCUUUUUUGUUGUAUUAUAGACAGAUGAACAAAUUAAAUUUGGCCUCAAAGAGAGAACUUAAUCCCUUCUGGAUAUUUUUGCCACGUUUCUUUGCAAAAGGAGAUAUAUAUAUACAUAUAUCUUUAGUCAGUUUUGUUGUUAUGAGAAAUCAUGGUUAUUUUGUGGCAUGCUCUUUGGGAGCUGCACAGUUACGGGGAGGACUCCCACUGCUGUGCAAGUUAAGUCUUUCACAAAACAAGGACAGCAGAGGAGGGUUUGCAGAGACCGCCCUCUGAAAAACACAAAGAAUGGACUCUCUCCUGGGAUGAGGACUUGCUUUCUUUACCUCCGGUUCUUUCCAUGUCUUAGUUGGAUGUCCCUGAAAUGGACACAGGCUGUGCCAUUGUGCCAGAAACAUUGUGUUAUCUUUUAUGUUGUUGUUGUUACUGUUAAACUAUAAUAUGUGACUUCUUUUUUUAUUAUUAUUUUUUGUUUGAAUGCUUUAAAAAUCUUUUAAGUCUGUGGAUCUGCUGAUGUACAGUGCCUUUGCUGCUAUGGAUCAAAAUCAAAAGAACCGUGUAGAUAUACUUUAUUGUAUAAGUAGAAAAUUACUUAAUUUCAUACUAGAAAUGGAUGGAUGCUGCAAGUUGAAAUGGACUGUCCAUUGACGUUCCUAAUGUGGUAGCAGAAAAAACAAUGGUGUCUUAAGUGCUUAGUGUUUGAUGUCAUUAACAGUUUCGUAAAACUCUACAGUGUAGAAAGAUUUUGAUACUAAACUGUGCAUUGUACAUAGUUCUAAUGCAUUGUAUUGACCACCAGUACUUCUAUAAUGGUAGAUUGUUUGUGCAUUCAGACUUUUAAGCAUUAAACAUAAAUAACUUCUAGUA